AUCACAAAUGAAGCGCCCACAAAUCCCGUUCAAGCUGCAAAGGAUGUUGCCAAUAUUCCUUACAUCAAUCAAACAGCUCAAACACCAACCCAAUACCAACUUGUCCAAGGUGAUACAGAUGAAGCACAAUUACCACAAAACGCAGGAGUUCCCUUUCUUCCAACAGCUAAUACAACUGCAGAUUCCGCAGGUGGAUGGCAAAUGAUUCCUGAGGUUGUCGGAUUCACUCUCAAUCGAUCAUGGGCAGUCGUACCAGGUGCAGUGAUGCCUUUCUAUAUCACAUCUGGCGUUGAUCCUGCAGCAAUUAAAAGGGCAGUGAUCACGUUCCCCGGUAAACCGAGAGAUGCAUGGAAGUAUGCAAAUUUAUACAGAAACGCUCUUAACGUUGUGUAUGCGAAUGAGAGCACAUUCGGUGUCGCAAACGGAAGCGUGUUGAUCGUCAGCCCGGUAUGGAUGAACGAAUUAGAUUCAGCCGCUGGAGGUACAAAGCCAGGUGAAUUGUACUUCCAUGGAAGUGAAUGGGAAGCAGGAGGUGCAUCUCGCGGUCCAAAUCUAACACGCAGAUUGACAACAUACUCGGUCAUGGACAACUUUACAGAUAUGUUGUUUGAUAAAACUCAAUGGCCAAAUUUGAACCAAGUCGUGAUUGGUGGACACUCUAUGGGUGGUCAAGCUUCACACAGAUAUGCAGUUCUUAAGAAACAAAAGGCAUACGAUCCCAAUAUGUCUUUCUGGGCCGGUAAUCCAGGUUCUUGGACAUACUUGACACCCGAAAGACCCUUCACAAACACAUCAUGUACCACCACUUACAACGCAUGGCAUUAUGGUAUUGCGCAAAAUACAUCAAAGAUUAGCAUGUACGCUCGUGCCGAUGUCAUCGCUGAUUAUCAAGCAGUCGUUAACCGAUACCUCGCCAGACCAGUGCACAUGGCCCUUGGUUUACUGGAUAACGGUGCUGGUGACACUCACUGUGAAGCACAGGAUCAAGGAAAAAACCAUUUGGACCGUGGAUCAAGAUAUGUUUUGCAUGUUACUGAUGCCAAUAACGGAACUUUCCCGCCUGCUCAAACGGUUGACUUUAUCGGAAAUACGUCCCAUCAAGACUUUGGUAUGAUUUCGGCCAAUAUGUCUCUCUGGUGGUUAUUUGCAAAUAAUUACAACGUGAGUAAUCCAGAAAUCGUUCCACAUAACCCAGGAGAUCACAAGAAGAACUUGCCAAACCCUUCACCCAAGCCAAAAGCAUAUGCAACGCACGGCAACGAAGCUUUGGCAUCAGGAUUGUUGGGAGGAUCAUUGGUUUUGAUGAUUUUGAUCUUUGGUUUGGCACCAUUUGCAUUCCGAUCCAAC